CUGCUCUGGGAGUGCACAAAGCAACUCUAAGCUACUGAACUGCAUUUGCGGCUGUGUGCUGUGUAUGUGACAUGAUGCUAACAUUAAGUGUGCUUAAAAAUGCAAUUAGGACCAGCAAAGGGUGCAGCCAUACAUCGCUCUACAGGAUGUCCUGCAUAAAGCCUCAAACGCCUGCUGCUAAUAAUCAGCAAACAUACUACACAGAGGUACAUGGCCUACAAAGCAUCGCUCCCUUGGUGCGUUCGGUGGAGGAGACACCUGAACCCAUUCCCACCACAGUAAAAGGCAACAUCCCAACUUGGAUCCAGGGGAGUCUGCUUCGGAAUGGUCCGGGAAAGUUUGAGUUUGGGAAUCAGAUCUUUAACCACUGGUUUGAUGGAAUGGCCUUGAUGCACAGAUUUCAGAUUGAGGAUGGCCAGGUGACUUACAGAAGCCGCUUUUUGCGCAGUGACUCUUACAAGCAGAACAGUGAGAGGAACCGCAUCAUGGUGUCUGAGUUUGGCACUUUGGCCCUGCCUGACCCCUGCAAGAACAUUUUUCAGCGUUUUCUGUCAAGAUUUGAGAUGAUAAAGCCAACUGAUAAUGCUUGUGUCAGCUUUGUAAAAUACAAGGGUGACUAUUACGUCAGCACAGAGACAAACUACAUGCACGUAGUGGACCCAGAUACUUUGGAGUCUAAACAGAAGGUGGACUGGAGCAAGUUCAUAGCAGUGAAUGGUGCUACCGCUCAUCCACACAAUGAUCCAGAUGGCACGGUUUACAACAUGGGUAACUCAUAUGGCAGCAAAGGGGCUUUCUACAACAUCAUCAGGGUGCCCCCAGAGAGGGAAGGUUCAGGGGAUACUCUGGAAGGAGCAAAGAUAUUAUGCUCGAUCGUACCUUAUGAUAAAUCCAAACCCUCCUAUUACCACAGCUUCGGCAUGUCAGAGAACUAUGUAGUGUUCAUCGAGCAGCCCAUUAAAAUGGAUCUGUUUAAGAUUGUGACCGGGAGGCUAAGAGGGAAAGCACUAAGUGAGGGAAUUUACUGGGACCCCAACCAGGAAACCAUCUUUCACCUUAUUGACAAACAAACUGGAAAGGAGAGUCCAGUGAAAUACUAUGCCAAGGCCUUGUCAACCUUCCAUCAGAUCAAUGCUUUUGAGCAGGAUGGAUUCCUCAUGCUAGACAUGUGCUGCUCUGACGACGGCCAGGCCAUAAACAACUACCUCAUACAGAAUAUGCGUCAAUCCGGAGAAGCUCUAGAUGAGGUAUAUAACACCAUGAGCCGGUCAUUUCCCCGUCGUUUUGUGCUGCCUCUCAACCUCACUAAUGACACGGCACUGGAACAGAACCUCAACACUCGACCUAACAGCACCGCUACUGCUGUCUGCUAUACCAAAAAUCAGGUUUACUGCACAUUUGAGGAUCUCCAUGGCAAUGACCUGAAAGAUUAUGGUGGCUUGGAGUUCCCACAUAUUAACUAUUCCCGAUAUAACACCAAACCUUACCGAUACUUCUAUGGUUGUGGCUUCCGUAACUUAGUUGGUGACUCCUUAAUUAAGAUGGAUUUGGAGAGCAAGAAGUUCAAGGUAUGGUGCGAGCCGGAUCUCUACCCAUCGGAGCCUGUCUUCAUUUCUGCGCCCAACUCUGUGGAAGAGGAUGAUGGAGUCAUCCUGUCUGUGGUCAUCACACCAAAUGAGGACAAGAGUACAUUCCUCUUAGUCCUAGAUGCCAAAAAUUUUGAGGAGCUGGGAAGAGCCGAAGUGCCAGUCAAAAUUCCUUACGGAUUCCAUGGAGUCUUCAACACCAGAAUAUGAAUCUCAUGGGAUCACAACAAACUGGCAACAAACUACAAGUAGCUCAUCACAACAGUUAACACACUGCUUAGCAGCUAGCUACUAUUGAGAGCAUGACACUAAAGGGAAAAUUUGUAUAUGAAAUUUGCCCAAAGACAUCCUUAUAUUGUUUUCACAGAUCAACCUUACCUACUGAAACAUACUGAAAACCUGAGUUUAAAAAGUAAGCUUUAAACAAAAUUCAAGAGAUCAGGAUACCACACAUACUGUAGAGAUUUUAAUGUUAAAUAAAUUAACAACUCAUGUUUAAAGUACAUGCACAGAUAAAUUAAGGGGUCAUGUCAUAUAUUAAAAUUACAAAUUUCCUUGAUCUUUUAAAUAAUAGAGUUUUGUAAGGCUGGCACCAGAAUGUCUACGCCCAAAAGGCGCUGUUUCCGGUAAAAGUCAAAGAACUCUGUGAGAACCAACGUCAUAAAACUCUCACACAGAAGAGCAUCUCCACCUGAGACAACACAUCUUACUGAUUAAGGACCAUAAAAUGCAAAUCUCACUCACAUCUGCCCCCCUCUCUUACAUACCUCACCUCAGGUAAUUUUAGAGUCACCAAAAAAAUAAGUUAUGACUUAUCCUGUUCUGUUAUGUAAAAGGUUUUCUGAUCACACAUGUUUUGUAUCAUUCAAGAGGUCUCAGUGCAACUGGUAAAAUGGUCUCAUUCACUUUCAGCAAGUCAAAUCACAAGUAAGAUUUAAGAACUUAGUAAAAUACUGUAUUCUAUCAGGGGCUUGACCACUCCCAGAUCUCUCACAGAGACCAAAUGCUUUAUGCAGAUUAGGUGCAUUAUUUGUAAACAUCAAAUGACCUACUCAAUUAAGUUUCAAAGGUCUACUCACAACUCCCUAAAUUGUAAACUAAAUCCUAAAUAACAUCAAACAUACACAUCUGAAAUAACAAUAGAAUCAUCUGGUACUUAAGGAAGGAUGGCAGAGGAGCUCAGAGUCUCUGUAGCCAGAUGACCCACACAGAAAACAUUUUGUGUCAUUUUUUAAAUCUACCAGGGAAUCUGUAAGCCAGAUCUCCCAUGCCUUGCCGUUGCAUGUAGUUUUCUCAUUGUCAGGUAUGUCUCUUGAUUCUUAUCUUAUUUUUAGUAAUGCUUGUUUAUUCUGAUCAUGUGUGAAAUUGGCUUUGAUUUGAAUUUCUGUAACAAUGUUUUAUUCCUACCUGACAAAUAAAUUGUCAUUAUUUGAUUUAU